AAGUGUAGCCAUAAUGCCCGCCACAUCGUUCGUGCGCGUUCACAGGAAGUCGCUGUACUACGCGCGCCCCGAACGUACCCUCUACGACAGCUCCGACGACAUCCGCAAUGUCUGGGACGGUUCGCAGGAGAGUGAAGAAGCAAAGGAGAAAGAAUCGACCGAUGAUGAGUUGAUCGGUGAGCUGGAACCACAGCUGGAAUCGAUGGUAGAGUCUCCCACGGUACUGGAGCAAAGAAUUUUGGGUGACUCAGAACAGAGCUGGAAGUUGUUGGAAGCUCUCAACGCACUCGCUUCCUUCCCUGCCCGUAGCCGGGCAAAGUCUGCGCUAGAGCUAACGUCUCUGGUGGAUGCGCUUGUUCAGCAUGUUGUUGCACACCGCACCGAGCACGUCCGGAGGUGCAAAGCAUCCACCACGGACGGACUCUGCUGUCCGAUCUGUGAAGGUGUACUGAGAUAUCCGGUCACAGCCACCUGUGGACACACGUUCUGUCGACAGUGCUGCUUCGGACACAGCCGUUGCACCGUUUGUGGCCAGCGCUUUCCUUCGGCAGUUACGGCAACACUCACCACGACCGGUGCAUCAUCCGCAUUUACGUCUACGCCGUCCUCUUCCUCAGCGACGGUAACAUCCGCCAACUAUGCCGCACUGUCGGCACCGUCGGGUUCGGUGGAAGGCACCGAGCUGGUGUCGACGGGCGGUGGUUUCGAGCUGGACAUUCUCAUCCGACGGCUCGUCGAGCGUUGGUGGGGUCCCGAGCUGAAAGCGGCCGAUCUGCAGGAAGAAGCACAGCGUCAUCUGGAGGACAACUCGCUGGACGAGGCUCUUCGUUGCUGUAAUCAAAGUCUAGAGCACGUUCCCAACAGCGCCAAAGGACUGCAGCUACGCUCGGAGGUGUUGCACCGGUUGCAGCACUACCAAAGUGCUCUGGCUGACGCUGACAGUGCACUCAAGUGUCUCCCGACGUCACACAAGGCCUACUACAACCGAGCCAUAUCACUGUCAGCAUUAGGAAAGUAUGAGGAAGCUGUCAUAGCACGAUGCAUUUCCAUCUUUCUGGACCGACAGUCCCAUGCAGUAUCGAAUGGAAUCAAGUCAGAACUGAUGCAGGAUCUAAAACGAUUGCUACAGGAUUCGUCGAGUCUAGCGUCUCGCUCCACACUGAACGAUCACAAUCAGCCUGGUGAGGAUGACAAUCCUCUUGGGUCGAUUUUUGAUCACUCUUAUGAUCUGAUCGCAGGAUGCCGCAAACGGCGCCACCAUCGGUCACCUCAGCGUCGUAAGUCAAAGAAACAGUUCCUCACCCUGCGUCAAGGUGACUUCGAUGAAGACCAUUCCGAUUACGGUGGUGAAGACUACCUGAGCAGUGAUCUCCUCUUCGACUACAUGGAAGAUCCGUUCAGUGAGGAAUCAUUGCUUGGACCGGCCCAUACCCACCGGCGUCAGCAUCGUAGCCAUCAUCGAAGGCGUAGGAAAUCUGGCAGCUCGAUGCUGCAAUCCGAUCUCAAGCUGGAGCAACACCUGCAGGACCAUCAGUACCAUCAAGCACAGCAGCAACAGCAGCAGCAGCAGCAGCAGCAGCAUCAAGAGCAACUAUUACAGGAUGACUCAAUCAUUCCCCAAACGAACCCACGAUUGAAGACUCUCCUGGAGCGAUUGGACGGUGAGCUGAAGUCAACCCGAUGGUUAGACACAACACCGGUCCGGUUAACGGUGAACCCAUCGUUGAUUGAACCGUCAGACUUUGACUGUGUACUAUGCUGUAGGACUCUGUGGCGACCAGUUGUAACUCCUUGCGGACAUACGUACUGUUGGGUUUGUCUCGAUCGGUGUAUGGACUAUUCAUCCUCCUGUCCACUGUGUAUGGCUCCACUGGUGGAACAGUUCCGCAACCAUCAACCCGGAAGUCCGUCCGGGACGGUGGAAGCGGCCAGCUCAAACCCAUCCAACACACCUACCAACUUGAUCUCACUGACGAAACGGAAAAUGACCCGCUUCGUCGAUCUUGCCAUGCAACGCUUCAUCCCGGAAGCGUACGAGCGACGCCAGCUCCAGGAACAGGAUCGUGAACCAACCGUUCCGGUGUUUAUCUGCACAACUGCAUUUCCGUCGGUACCAUGUCCAUUGUUCGUGUACGAGCAACGUUACCGGUUGAUGGUACGCCGGGCAAUUGAAAGUGGUGAAAGACGGUUCGGCAUUGCACUUCCCGCACAAAAUGGUCGCCAGCGAUACGUGGAGUAUGGAACGAUGCUAGACAUCCGGGACUGCGUACAGCUAGGGGACGGUUGCUCCAUCCUUUCGACUGUUGGCGGUCGACGGUUUCGUGUGCUGACCCGUCACGAGCGCGACGGUUACGAUACGGCACAUGUGGAGUUUUUUGAGGACGAAAAGAUCGGUGCCGGCUCGGAAGCUGACGAACGGCUGCAGCUGGUGCGAGACUUGCAUGAGAAGGUGCUGCUGAAGGCGAUCGAUUGGCACCAAAGCUUGCCGGAAAGUAUACGGUGCGAGAUUUUUAAAAGCUUCGGCAAGAUGCCGGACCUGGAAGAGAACUGGGAAGAUGUGACGGAUGGACCAGCGUGGGCUUGGUGGAUCAUAGCGAUCCUGCCGCUCAACGAUAAGCUCAAGGUUGACAUACUCUCGACAACGAGCCUAAAGAAGCGGCUGCGCGCAAUCGAUAAAACGCUCAACCUCGAGUCGGCCCAGCAGAAGCGCCAGCGUUCCGUGUGCGUCAUGGCGGGCGCUUCGUCCGCUGCAUGCUGCGAAGGACUAUCAUCGACGCAACAGUGCCAAGCGAUCGACUGUUGCUUGCGAGAAAGAACUACCUCAAGCGUUCAUAAUCACCACCAUCAUCACCAUCAUCAUCACGAUAGCGAUAGGGCGAGCGACUCCACGCAGCAUCAUCAUCUGCACCAUCACCAUCAUCAUCACCAUCUGAGCACGUCUGCGGACGAGUAUCUCCUGUAGAAGA